UUUCGAACCCGGAAGUGCAGCCCUUGUUGACGUUCCAUGCAGUAGUAUCCUGAAGUAGCACUAGAACCUUGUACUAGAGCUAAGCAAGCCAAAUUGCUUUGUUUGCGGUGUUUAAUGAGAUGACAGUAGGAAUUCAACUAAAUGUCUGGUCUCACUGUUUCACGCUAGCUUCUAGUAGUGGUAGUUAACAGUACAGCUAACGACGAAAGCUUUUAAGCAGUACGCGAACCAUGGAUGAUCUCAAUUAACGUAUUCGAAAUUUAAGCAGUGACUACAGCUCAGCUAUCUUUCUAUUUGGAGUCACACAUUUUAACAAAGAUGUCAGUGGAGCUAGAUGUGUUUGUGGGUAACACCACCAUAAUGGAUGAGGAAGUCUAUCAGCUUUGGCUUGAUGGAUACACAGUGAACGAUGCUGUAAAGGUGCGAAUGGAGGGAGGGGUAUUGGAAGAGUGUGAGGCAAGUGCUGAUGUUCUGCUAAGUGACACCAUGGACCAGUACAGAACCUUCCAGAUGUGUGAACGUCUGCUCUACAGUCCCUCUAAACUGGGCAAUCAGCUGCUGUUCCAGAUCCCACCCCAUCGCCAGGCCAUGCUCAUAGAGAGAUACUACACGUUUGAUGGUGUGUUUGUGAGGGAGGUCCUGGGUAAGAAACUCUCCAAAGGAACCAAGAAAGACCUGGAUGAUGUCAGUGCUAAAACGGGAAUCACACUGAAAAGCUGCAGAAGACAGUUUGACAACUUCAAACGUGUUUUCAAAGUUGUGGAAGAGCUCAAGGGACCCCUGGUGGAGAACAUUCGCCAGCAUUUUCUUCUCUCAGAUAAACUGGGCAGGGAUUAUGCCGCCAUUGUCUUCUUUGCCAACAAUCGUUUUGAAACGGGGAAGAGGAAGCUGCAGUAUUUGACAUUCCAGGACUUUGCCUUCUGUGCCGGGCAGCUCAUCAACAAGUGGACGGUGGGAGCUGUAGAUAACAUGGUGGAAGAUAUGGAUGUAGAUCUGGAUAAGGAAUUCUUACAAGAGCUGAAGGAACUGAAGAUUCUAAUCACUGACAAGGAUCUACUGGACCAACACAAAAGCCUGGUGUGCACGGCUCUCCGGGGGAAGACUAAAGCUUUUAACGAGAUGGAAGCCAACUUCAAGAAUCUCUCUAGAGGCCUUGUCAACAUCGCUGCCAAGUUAACCAACACAAAAGAUGUCCGAGAUUUCUUCAUUGAUCUUGUCGAAAAGUUCAUUGAGCCUUGUCGGUCAGACAAAUGGACAUCAGCAGAUACCAGGCUUUACCUCACUCACUACACCAACUCUGCCCACAUACUGGACACAUUCAAACACCAGAGUGUGUGGGACAGAUACAUGGGAGUGAUAAAAAGCUGCAUCCUCAAGAUGUACCACGACUGACCCCUGUCCGCUCCUCCACCUGGCGCCUUCUCUUCUUCCUACUGUCUUUGUUAAAAUCGUUGUUCCAAGUGUUUUAUUACUAUUCCUACUAUUAUCUCUUACCCUCACGAUACUUGCUGUGUCUUGUAUAACACCAUGAAUUGUAAAUAAAGCCAAAUCAUUUCCUAUU